UUUGAUCAAAACACUGAAUGUGCAUGUGUGUAUGCAUCUGGGUAUUGUGAAUGUAUUGACAAGGAGUACAAUUGUUCACUACAAGCCGGAACACAUGCAUGUUACACUUGUAUGGGUCGGGAUAUGGAGAACUGCGAUCGUGAAACCGUUUGUUGCCCAGGAUCGUGCUUCAAACUCGUUGACGAAAAGCAUGCUCUCAUAAUGAAAGGUUGUACGAAGGAGGAUCAGGAAGAUGGAAGCAUGAAGAGAAGAACACUCGAUGUGAAACUGUAUUGGGUCAAUGAUGAAAAAGUUACAGGUGAGACUUUCUACUGUAAAGGAAGUGACUAUUGUAACGAUGGAUCUCAUACGAUGAUAAGCUCGAUGAUAUUCAUUACAGCCAUGAUUUUAAUACACUGA